AUGUGAUGUUUUUGAGCACUGGUGUGUUUUCUCUUUCAGAAGCAGUUUUUACAAUCCCAUAAUGCCUUGCUCAGCAUCCAGAGAUUGGGCACUGUUGAGGGAAAUGUCCUAAAUGAGUAGGGAUUAUUGCUCUCUCUCUCUCUCUCUCUCUCUCUCUCUCUCUCUCUCUUUCUCUCUCAUUUGAGAGCAAAGCCACAGCUUCAAUGCUUUGAAUGCUUUGUAUCUUUGCUGCUUGACUGAGCACAGGAAUGAACACAGCAGUGGUACACAGAGGAUUCCUCAGGAAAUACGGAGGCUUUAUGUUCAAGCAAUGGAAGGAAAAAUAUCUGGUGUUAACUGUAGAAGGAAAUCUGAUGGUGUGCCGAGAUGCAGACUCACCGCCUGACCAGGUUGUGGCGCUGCAGAGCAAUUGUGAGUCCAUAGUGGAGGGAAAAGAAAUUCUGGAUUUGCCCCGUUUACCCGCUGGAGGACGCAGAGACAGCUGCUUUGCCAUCAUAUUACCCCAAGACAAAUUUCUUCUUUUGCUCUCAGACAAUCCUGAUGAGUGCAGUCAAUGGCUGAAGGUACUCAGGAAGGUGAAAGAGGGUGUGACCUCACCACUUGCACUAAAGAGACAGCAGAGCAUCACACCCUGCAUCACAGACAGAGAACUGCUUUCGGACAUCUCCAGUGACAAAGACUCGUCUCCCCUCUUUAGUGACAUGACCCUGAACUCCCCAUGUGUCCGCUCCAGAGAAAACUCCUUCAGACAGAGAGGCAGCAUAAACCAGCGGUCUCCCCGCAGUCCCACCGUAGCUCCGCCCCUUCGAUCUGCAGACUGUCUGCGGCAUGGAAACAGCAGCGACGCGCGGGCCGUAAGAGCCGUCUGUCUGCUGAUGGGGGGAGCAGCCGCGUCCUCGGCUCUGGCCUACUUGAACACCUGUCCACCGUCCUCCUCUAACGUGUCAGUCCGUGCUCCUGAUAUGACCCACUCCACAGCUUUCUCUGAGAUAGGAGGAAGUGGUUCAUAUCACGCCUGCAGUCAGGCCAUAGAGUCGCCACAUUUUAACAGCUUUGACUUUGAAGGAGAUUCUGAUUUUGAUGCUUUUGACUGUGGAGGGUUUGCAUUUUAAGUUUAUUCAGGGAAAUAUGUUUUACCUUAUCUGCAGGGUUCCCACGGUCAUAACCAACCUGCGAGUGUUUCCAGCCCAGGAAGAUUGUGAAAAUGUAAUUUAUAAUAAACCUUUCUAUAGUAGUUAAUAUAAAUUAUUUUAAAUUAUGCUUAGAUAAAACUUUUUAUGAAUUAGUAUUGUAAUAGUUGUUUGUAGGUGCAAACUCUGUUAGAUUAUCAAAAAAGAUAUUUCAUUAAUAACAAGGGUCUUUAAAAAAAUCAUGUUCUGAUAAAUUAAUUGGUCAAAAGGUAUAGGAACUUGUUUUUUCUAUAAAAAAGUAAUUUUAUAGAAGUUAAAAUUAAUGCUGUUUUGUUCUACUACUAUUAAUUUGGUUUGAUGAUCCUCUUUAGACAUUCUGUUAAAUAUAAGUAACACAACACCUGCAUGUAAACAGAUUCUCAUAAAAUUAGUUAAGUAUAAAAAUGUUUUGUGUAAUAAGUAAUUAAUAAUACGACAAUUUACAUGACAGUAUAAGAAUUCAAUGAGAAACAAUAUUUUGCGGAAUAAAAAACAAUUAAAAAUGUCCACACAAUUACACUAAAAAAAAAAUGCUGGGUUAUUUUCAACCAACCCAUUCGCACGAAGUUCAUAUAAAUAGCAAUCAGUGUGAAAAGUUGUGCAUUACAAAUGGCAAAUUCCAAUUUUGUGUGCAUAUGAUUUUUGGCGUUUAAAUUAUUGUCGCUUGUGUUUGGGGUUAGACUCUGGAUUUGCUUUAAAUGUCAUUAAAUAGAUGGGUUUCUCAAUGUUUUUGUCUAUUUUUAAACCAUGGUUUGCUUGGAGUUGAGGGGAAAAAUGGAGUUUGGAUGUCAUUUUAUGCAUAAAAAACCUUUGUUCUAACCCCAAACCCAAGGGAUAAUGGUAAAAUAAACAGAAAAGGGUUAAACCAAUACAUGAAACGACAAGAAAAGAUGUGCUGUAUAAGUAAAUGGUAAGAACUUGUGUAUCAUAUGCAAGCAAAAUUACAAUUUGGGGUAUGUUUUGCACGAGUCCAAUGAUAACCUCAAUGAUCUUUUAAAAUAGGAUUUAAAAAAAAUGCUAAAUGUAAUUUAUUUUUACUUUUGUGUCCAUUGAUUUUAAACAAUAGGUUCCCAUGUUAAGAUAUCUACACUUAUUUUGAUGCUUGUUUGCUUAGUUCAACAGCUUUGUUUCUCAGAUACCUGCAGCAUUUCACAAAUACAGUUUAUGACUGAAAACAGUUCUUAUCACUAUCACAUUGUAUAAAAGGACAAGAGGAAUUUGUUGAAUAAGCAUUUUAGAUAAUCUUUUUUGUGUUACUUGUGAUUUCAGUAGCUUUGCAUUUUAAUGUGCAAUAAUUCUGUUUUUGUUAUAUUUAUUUUUCCCUUCCUUAUUGUCCCUCUUUUUCCUUAGUCUUUGACAUUACAUGUGUGUG